UAACCAACCACUACUAACUUAGGCCUAUUUUGGCCUUAUACUACAUCUCUCUUGCUUUCUUCCCCAACCAAAUAUACCACAACCCUUAGUGCUUACUAUAAAUCUCUAUAUGCUUCUCAUCUCCUCCCUCUGGUCCACUCUCUUUCACACUCUCUCGGACUCGAAACACUAAAAUGGAAGAAGAAGCCGUAUCUUUCAACUUCUACGACUCUUCCCAUCAUGGAUUUGCAGAAAAAAACGCUCAAGUCACCGACGAGGGGAAUCCAUUGGAAACGCCGACCGGCAUGGACGACGAUUUCGAAUUCACUCACAUGAGUAGCGAUUACGACGCCACCGCCGGCGAGAUCUUCCGCGAGGGCCAAAUCCGUCCGGUUUUCCCCGUUUUCAACCGCGAUCUUCUAACGCGUAACGACUUGGACCGAAGCGAUCGUGGUAAGAAGCUUACCGAGCUACUGACUCUGAGACUUGCGUUGGAGAAAUCCUUCCGCUUCGCCUAUGAGAGGGACGACGAAGAACGCGGUCCUCCAUCGUCGCCGUUGUCGGAAUCAGAGGCCGACGAUUCCUGCUGCGUAUGGAGGCCGGAAGCAGCCGAGAAAUCACCGCGUAGGUACAAGAAGAGCGAUUCGGCUGGAGCGUUGGCGUCGAAGCAGUGGAAGCUUAGCGAUUUCUUACACCGUCGGAGCAGCAGCGAAGGCAUGGAGGACUCGUUCGCGUUCUUUACGCCAACGUAUGGAGAGCAGCGAGAGGGUGAGAUGCAGGCGACAGUUGAGUCGACUCAGAAGGCGGGAAAAACAAACGCGAAGAAGAAGAAGAAGGUGUCGGUGGCGUCGGCCCACGAAGUGUUUUGCGUACGGAAGCUUCAAGGAGAGAAGAGGAAGUCGUUUCUUCCGUACAGGCAAGACCUCGUUGGGUUCUUCGCUCCUUUCUGAAGAGAAGAAAACCUCCAUUUUUUUACUCUAUUACGUAAGAUUUCGUGAAAGCAGUUUUGGUCUGUUUCAAUUCUUCCUUUUGUUGUGUUUUUUCCUUUCCAAUGUUGAAAGAGUGUUUGCGAGGAUAGUUUAGGUAACUUAGGCAUGUAAUCUUCCCUGUUUUUUUUGUUUAGCUUUCAGGGUUUUUUUGUGUGUGUGUAAAGUUUUAGCUUUCAGUUUCUCAACAGUUGUUGCUUGUUAGGAUAUGAAUUGUGUAGAUGAGGCUAGCAACACCAACAAGAACUUGUAUUCUCAUUUUGAGCC